AUGAGCUGUCACAUAUGUAACAUCGCGCAUUCUCGCCCCUCGCUUCUCUGUCCGACAUGCGCACGGAAUCGCCUCUAUCAGCUCCGCUUGGACUAUGGCCAGGUCCUUCUAGACAAGGAAGCUCGUGGGCGAGAAAUCGAGGCCGCGGUCUCACUCACGUCUGAUAACGCGAGGGCCUCGGACGCGACCAAACUAGGAUCAGAGGAAGUUGGCUCUGAAAGCUCCCAACGGUGGGCUUUUCAGAUCAUCACCAACCAGCGAACGGCCUCCUCACACAGGCGAGAGGAUAUUAGGCAAAACAUCAAGGCUUUGAAAGAAGCCAUCGAUGCCAAGAAAAAUGAUAUCACUCAGCGAAAAGAAAUACUGGCUCGAAGACGCUCUGAUGCGACGUCGGCACAGUAUCAACUCCAGGAGCGUGAUUCUACCCUCUUGACAAGCAUUCAGAAUACAACCAAACGAACGGAGCAUCUCUGGCACUCACUUCAUAGUAGGACAGCAGAAUCAAGGAUCUUCUUAUGCCGCGAGGCUGCUCACCUUCAUGGAUUACGGCAAAGAGUCACGAAGAAUGAUUCGCGCCCUGCCUACCUCCUGGGGGGAAUACCUAUUGUGGACCUUCGAGAUAUGAAUGGUGCCCCUCCAGAGCAGAUAUCUACAUCGUUGUCUAAUGUCGCUCGUCUGGUUGUUCUUGUUUCGCACUAUCUUUCCUUGCGGCUCCCUGCCGAGAUCACUCUCCCUCACCGAAAUCAUCCAACAGCGACCAUCUAUACACCCGCUUCAUCAUACAGCUUUCGCGAAAAUAAAUCUAGUUCAUCCAGCUAUGGUUCAUCAAGCCCAACAGCUUCAAGGGCAACAGACUCCCGUUCUCAACCACGUCCAAGGCCCUUGUUCAUUGAUAAACCAUUACCUCGUCUAGCGAAAGAAGACACCGGUGCCUAUGGUCUGUUCCUUGAAGGAGCGACUUUGCUUGCCUGGGACGUCGCUUGGCUGUGUCGUACGCAGGGGAUCAACCUCACUUCUGAUUCGUGGGAAGAAGCCUGUAACAUUGGAAAAGGCUUAUGGCAAUUGCUCAUCGCUCCGCCAGCUCAAACGUCUACAUUGAUGCGAGCCUUUGCGGGUCGAGACACACAAAAUAAAUUAAAGCACGCGAGAGAUUCUCCCCAAACUACAAUCCAACGAACAAGGUCGUUUCCGAUGCUGGGUCAUUAUUCGCACGGCACUGUCCAUUCCUUUCUAAGUGCGUCUGAAGGAUCAGAAUUUACACGUACAUGGAAACUCCCAACUCCAACCAAGAUCGCAGACAAGCUCAAGGCCAACCUUCUUGGCGAGAUGGCCAGUGCAGAAUGGGAACUACUGGAAGGACCGGAGUUGGACGAUGAAGGUGUGGAUGUGGACGUUCAUAGCGUGACAAGUCUGCAGGCGACUCUGGCCCCCAUCAAACCACAGUCUGGACCAUCCCACGACUCGAACGUAGUUGGCACUGGUUUCCCUAGAAGAAACCGAUGCGCGUCGGGCGAAAGGAACAAGUGGUUGGACCAAAUUAAACAGUCGAUAAAUGCCAUGCCUCCAAGCUGA